AUGAGAGAUGGGAGGAAAAUAGUAAAAUUAGUCCAAGCAGAAGUUGAAGAGGAAUGCCAGAAAUGGAAGUCGGCUCUAAUUGGAUAUGUAAUUGGGGGAAACCCUACAUUCAAGGAAAUGUUGAAGUAUGUGUAUGGGGUGUGGAACUUUGUCGUGACUCCUCAGGUAUUUCUGCACAAUGAUGGGUAUUUCAUCUUCCGAUUUAUGUCUGAUAAUGAUAAAGAGACCCUACUGCAGAAUGGACCCUUCACAUUUAACAACAGGCCUAUGGUUCUCAAGCAUUGGGAACCAGAUUUUCAGAUGAGUAAGGAACCUCUCCAGGUCAUUCCAAUAUGGGUUACUUUUCCAAAUCUACCUGUUGAAUACUGGGCACCAAGAAGCUUGGGUCGAAUUGCAAGCUGUUUGGGAAAGCCAAUAUGCACGGAUAAGCUUACAACCAAAGGAGAAAGAGUGUCCUACGCACGAAUUCUAGUUGAAAUGGAUGUUUCAGUUGAACUUCCGGAAGAGGUAUCAAUUGAACUACCAGGAGGUAAAUGUAAACUGCAGAACAUUAAGUAUGAGUGGAGACCCUUGUACUGCCAAAGCUGCUUGAAUAUUGGGCAUCAGAAUGAUUUUUAA